AUGGCCAAAGUAGCUGUCGCUUUCACUCGUCCACCCUUCGAGGCUGGCGCGAAACCUGCUUUCUCCAUGGCGACGUUGAUGUCAAAUGAUCCCGUCGCCGUCUCUAACACAUUGUCUGCAAAUCCUACCAGUCCCGAACCUUUAUCUCUCUUCAAACCUCAACCUAAGACCGACAGCCUGAGCUCCAUCGCCAGUGCCGGCCUACACGUCUCGCGAUCCAGUGAUCAACCUUCAAUGACGAGCCCGAUCUCAGCCCCGGCGGAUCGCCCGGAGCACGAGAAGGAUGCAGAACGAAAGAGUUCACAGGUGGCCCGAGAGGCAUUAGGCGCAAGCGAAAAGUCGCCGGGUGCCACCCUCCACGAACCUUCGGUCCACGCAUCCCCGGAGCAAAUGCAAAUCGACCACGCGAACGGAUCACCAUCGGACCCGUAUGGAUCAAAUGAUCAUCACGGUUCAUUGAUGCAUACCUCCACUGUCGCAAGCCCCGGUCCCAUUGAAGAAUCGACUUCGCAAGAUGGAGAUCGACGGCCUCGCGAUGACUCCGAGAUCGACCAUGAUGGAAAAGCCUUCUCGUAUCCGAUGCCGACCAUGAACGACCCGCGUCGCGGACUGAGCCUACCCAACGCGGGGUAUAACCGAGGUAGCCCUCGCUCUCCUUCCGCGAAGAAACACCGAUGCCCCUACUGUGCGACCGAAUUCACGCGGCAACAUAAUCUCAAGAGCCAUUUGCUCACCCAUAGCCAAGAAAAGCCUUUUGUGUGUCAAACCUGCCAGUCACGUUUCCGAAGACUUCAUGAUUUGAAGCGUCACACAAAGCUUCACACCGGGGAGCGACCGCACAUUUGCCCGAGAUGUGGACGUCGCUUUGCUCGGGGUGACGCGCUUGCUCGGCACAACAAGGGACAAGCAGGCUGCGCAGGUCGACGCUCCAGCAUGGGCAGCUUCGCCGCAGAUGAUGAAUAUGGCGACGGUGGUACUGGAGGUGCUGACGACAUGGAUGGUCUGAUGUACACAGCAGAGCCUGAGCGCAUGGAUGAGGAAGACGAGCGACGACUCAUGCCUAGCAUUCGCAAGCAUGAAUCCGACCCUGCCGCUCGAUCUGAUUCAAUCACCUCGCGCCAGUCUAGCACCUACCCACCGAUCGCAGCCGGUCGUCCCAACCACCUCUUCCCACCUCCAACCAACCAUGGAGGGAGUCCAUCAACAGCAGCUUCGCAAUCUGGAAGCAUGACUUUCCCGCCCGCAGGGAUUGCAUCGGCAACAUCUGUUUUCCCGUCCAAUAACCUAAGCGACAGUCCUAAGCCUCUGUCCCCGAACGCCUUGUCGUCGCAACAUGACAAUGCACCGCCACAUCGCGCACACUCUCCCGGCAUGGGUCAGUCUCUGCCACACCCCCAGUCCUCAUUUGGGCGCGCGAACCAAUCCACAAAUCACGCACCUCCCACCCUUGGCUUGCCACUCCCUCAGCCAGGUGUACCACAAUUGCCUCUGCCGCCGGGUAUGACCUCUCCCGAUGCUCGAUUCGGCAUGCAGGCAGCAACCAAACACACUCCUUCGCACAGCCACUCCAGCACACACAGCCUAUCUACUUAUAAAGGACCCGAAGCCCCAGAUGCCAACUCGAACGACCCAGGUCAGAUUGACAAGCUAUGGGCACACGUGCGAACUAUGCACGAAGAGAUGACAGGUCUGCGCUCCGAGGUUGCCGCUUUGCGGGCGCACAUCGCCUCGACCAAUUCAUCUGCGCCUCCGGCGCCCGUCGAAGUCAACCUUAACAACAACGGGCGAUAG